AAAAAAAGAAAAAAAAAACCUAAAGAGAAUUAAAGCAACAUGUAAUUUCUCAACCUGUCCAUAGUAUAAGGCAAAGCCAGUUGGGUUUUCAACUUUCAAGGUACACAUUAAUAUGUCACAACUGCACCCUAUGAACCCCAUAAAUGCACUGCCAACCAUAUUAUUAAUAAUCACUUUGCCUUUCUCUAUAAACACUCUCCAUCUUUGCCCUUCUCUCCACACACCCCUCAACCAAUAAUAAUCUCUCUUAUUUUUGCUGCCUUUGCUUUUUGUUCAAAAUCCAUGGCUGCUGAUCUCCAUGAAGCUGUGAAGAAAGAGGAUCAGCCAAGUUUGAAGCUCAAAAUCACUGCCAAAACCCAUGUCAAGCCCAACAACAAACUUGGCAGAAAACAGUGCCAAUUGGUCACAUUUGACCUCCCCUACCUUGCCUUCUACUACAACCAGAAGCUCCUUCUCUACGGCGACAAUGGCGGCGAGCUUCGCUUCUCAGAGAUCGUCGACAAGCUGAAGGAUGGCCUCGCCACAGUUCUCGAGCCGUUUCAUCAGCUUGCCGGGAGGCUGGGCAAGGAUGAGGAUGGCAUUUUUAGAGUCGAGUACGAUGACGAUAUGGACGGCGCCGAGGUGGCCGAGGCAGUGGCCGAUGAUGUCGGUAUUGCCGAUUUGGCAGCGGAGGAAGGCACGGCCACCCUCAAGGAGCUGAUUCCGUACAAUGGGAUCUUGAACUUGGAAGGCCUCCGGAGGCCAUUGCUGGCUGUUCAGCUAACCAAGCUUAAAGACGGAGUCGCGAUGGGGUGCGCCUUCAAUCACGCGGUUCUGGAUGGAACUGCCACGUGGCACUUUAUGAGCUCAUGG